AUGGCUAUUAGUCCAAAAGACGCAGCUGAAAAGCCCCACAUUGAUGAGUUUGUGCAAGGCAAAAUUCUAGGCGAAGGCAACUUUUCACGCAUCAUUGAAGCCAAGCACAAAGCGACGGGCGAGAUUUUUGCACUGAAAGUGAUUGAGAAACAAAAAAUAAAACGAUUGAGAAUACGUCAUCAGAAUAUUUACAAUGAGAUCAACAUGGAAAAGGACGUGCUAAAUCGACUGCAUCACCCGAAUAUCGUCCGCCUGUAUCAGACGUUUCAGGACAAAGGCAAUCUGUACUUUUUGCUGGAACUACUGAAUGGUGGUGAACUGCUUUGUCACAUGUUGCAUGAAGGUCGACAACUGGGUCUAGACGAAGACCUUGCACGCUUCUAUUUGGCCGACGUCGUGAAUGCUGUCGAGUACAUGCACGCAAACCAGGUGCUCCACCGCGACUUGAAACCGGAAAACAUGGUGACCUGCAACGAUGCAGGUGGACAUUUGAAGCUAAUUGAUUUUGGAACUGCUAAAAAUUUGGCCGAAAAGAAACUUGAUGGACCAAAUUUUGUUGGCACGCCAGAAUAUAUGUCCCCUGAGACGAUACACAACAAAGAACCGACUUAUGCAAGUGACAUGUGGGCAUUUGGCUGUAUCGUAUACCAGCUGUUAACAGGAGAGACACCAUUUAGUGGUGGAAGUGCUUACCUCACUUUGUUGCGCGUUCAAGCUGGAAGUUACGAUGUGCCAAAAUACCUUUCUCCCGACGCCCGCGACUUGAUCAAAAAACUACUUCAAAAUGAUCCUACGAAGCGUUUCGGUGGCACUAAAGCGAACGCAAUGAGUGCAGUCAAAGUACAUCCGUUCUUCAAUGGCAUUGAUUUCGACAAUCACACGCAGGCAAGAUUGCCCAUGCUGCAAUUCUGCGGAUCGGAGCUUUUUCCACUCGUAACCAGCCUUGUUGGUACGGAGGAAUCGUACGAAGUCCGUCACCCGCUAGACUUUGGCGGUGAAGUCGUACAGGACCAAGUCAAAGCGCUUUCGCCCCGCGAAAGAAGUAUAGUCAUGCACAUUCUUCGUCGCAAGCAGAUGUUGCACUUGCCAGCGAUAUACCCUCGCUUCUUUAGCUCGGCCAGUCGCGGUCGAUGCUUGUACGCCUGCAGUCGAGGAUACGUCGGAUUAACACACGAUCUGCAAAAUCAAUGGAGCGACAUUUUCUCGUUUGUACAGCUAUCAGGACCCAAGCUUGGUCAGGCAGCCGCCUUAGCUGAAGCAGAUAACCGAGGAGGCUCAGAGUGGGAAGCAGAAUCGAAGGCAUUUGUCAAAGCAGUUGAAUUUUUAAACACGCAAAGACCAGCAUUUGUUGUGUUUUGCGGAGGUUUUGUUCACUCGAAGCCGGGUCAAGAAUUUUAUGAUGCUCAAGUCACAGCAUUUCAAGAGCUACUCAACCAAAUUGUCCCCCAAAUUCGACUGGUAUUUGUUGCAGGAGUCGGCGAGUUUGACACGCCAGAUGGAAUGGUCAGAUAUCAAAACUAUUUUGGCGACACACGAUUUAGCUUUUGGUUCGGCGGAAUCAAGUACAUCGUUAUUAACACAACUGCACUUUAUCGCGAACAAGACUUUUCAGAUGAAGUUACAGCACAGACUGAUUGGAUGAAAAAAGAGCUAGAUAACGGAAAGCUAUGUGCUCGAGGCACUGUGGUGAUGUCUGGUCACUCACUUUACCGAACGGCUUCAGGUACUCAAAACGAAAGUAGCAAAGAACAUGCACCCUUGUGUGUAGAAAUUUCUGAGAAGCUUCGAGCAUCGUAUUGGGAAAUGAUUCGACAUGGUCAGGUGUGCCUUGUGGUGAGCGGAGGAUCGACCACGAACAAUCUCACUAGUGUUGUAUUUAAAAAUGCUGAAGAAGAUGCAGACGAGUACAAGUGCGAGCUCUUGUCUUGUAAAGCACAAUGGGGAGAAUCUUCAACCGUCAUAUAUCAAACCGAGGUCUCCCAGGCCGGCGUCGUCACGAAAGCAUAUCUCGUCGAGAGCUCGAUCCCCAACGAUGUUAGUACUACAUCUUCCGCUGGAGCAAGAGACGCAACAACAUGUUCAGUCCGCUAA